AACUUCAAGCUCAGUGCUCUAGUCCUUGUUCUUAACAAGAAAAUCAAAGUCAACACCAACAGGAAGUUUUGUCUUCACUAUCUUGGUCUUAUGGUUGUAGUCCAGUGCACCCAAGGAGGAGCAUGCUAUCUUGCAGAGCUGGAUGGCACAGUACUUCAGCUUAAAUUUGCAGCUUUUUGGCUUGUACUCUAUUAUGUGAGGUUGAAGAAUGAGUUCAAGGUCACUGAGUUCAUGGACAUGUCACACUUUAUGGGACUUUUUGAUGAUGAUAUCAACAACACAUGA